UUAUUUUAGGUUAUGGUUAUCGGUAACCUUAUUGACACUUGGCUAUUUUUCAAAUUGGGGAAAUGCACGUAUGAAAUGUUUACUUCCUAUUUUAAUAUCUGGAGGUUGUAAUCUGAUAAACGGUGUAUUUUCGUACAGUAUUUAAGUGUAGUACCACGUUUAACUAAUUACCUAACCUAAAAAUGAGAUCUUAUUUUUAUGCGGCAGUAUUACUUAUAAGUGCCUGUUUUACAACUUGCAACGAUUAUCACAAUUGCCAUUCGUAUGCUGGCGGUUCAGUUUACCCAGUGGGAUCAAAUCGAGAAACUUCCGACCAUAAGUUACAAUGGACGAAAGCUUUAAUUGCGAAACCAGCACCAUAUUGGGAAAGCACAGCAGUUAUGAACGGUGAAUUCGUUGAACUGAAGCUUACCGAUUACUUAGGCAAAUACCUUGUCUUUUUCUUCUACCCCUUGGAUUUCACAUUCGUCUGCCCCACUGAAAUAUUGGCAUUCAGCGAUCGAAUUGAGGAAUUUAGAAAGAUUAAUACUGAAGUCGUUGCAUGCUCUGUUGAUUCUCAUUUUACGCACUUGGCAUGGAUAAAUACUCCUAGGAAAGAAGGGGGUUUGGGCAAAGUAAACAUUCCACUCCUAUCCGAUUUGAAUCACAGUAUUGCUAAAGACUACGGUGUGUUCCUUGAAGAUGUCGGACAUACACUUCGGGGUUUGUUCAUUAUUGAUCAUAAGGGUAAAUUACGGCAAAUUACAAUGAAUGAUUUGCCAGUUGGAAGAAGUGUUGAUGAGACACUGCGAUUGGUUCAAGCCUUCCAGUAUACCGACCAACAUGGAGAAGUAUGUCCAGCUGGAUGGGUGCCAGGACAGGACACAAUCAUUCCCAAUCCACUGGAAAAGAAGAAGUACUUUGCAAAAAAUAACAAAAAAGAGUUAUAAUAAAUUUAAAAAAGACAUGUACUAAUCUUUUAAGACCACAUCACAAUAUAAACUUUAUACUAAUGACUGAG